AGAACUCAUGUUCUAAAAUUUGCUCUUCUUUUAAUGUUGUGGAUGCCUUUUAUUGUCAUGUUCCGACUUCUGCUCUGAGAAACCCACUUGGCAUAUAUCUGUUACAUCAAUUAAGUGAUUGACGGUUAAUGCUGGCCUAUAGCGUAUUGUUAGUAGAUGUACAGAGCUUACAAAGAUAAUAUGGCAUCCAAGAAGCUGAAGCUUGUAAUUUUCCUUGGCUCUACUCGCGAAGGAAGAUUGGGUGAACGAGUGGCCAAGUUUGUCCAAAAUGAGUUAAACAAAAAGGGAAAAUAUGAUGUUUCUUUGUUUGAUCCUGUAACAAUGGACCUUCCUAUGCUUGCCAAGCCUUUGCACUUCUACAAAGACAGAAGUGAGGCCCCAAAAAAACUGAUUGAGGCCAAUGAGACACUCAAGGCAGCUGAUGGGUUCCUGCUGAUCUCCUGCGAGUACAAUCACUGCAUCCCGCCAGCCCUGGCCAAUCUUCUAGACCACUUCCCGGGCAGCAGCUUCGCGUGGCGCCCCAGUGGAAUCAUCACAUAUUCACCAGGUAUUUAUGGUGGCAUGCGUGCGGCCAUGCAGCUGCGUGUCAUGACGGGGGAGCUGGGUUGCCUCAGCGUCUCCAACAUCUUUGGAAUCCCGGAGGUCCACAAGGCAAUAGAUGAGACCGGGAAACCACUCAAUGAUCACAUGACCAAAGGUCUUGAGAAUCUGAUGAAACAACUGGAUUGGACAGCCACAGCUUUCAAGAACAUGAGAGACACAAGCGGAGUGCCAGCGUAAUUGGUUACCAUAACGACUGUGUAACAGGGCCGAUGAUCAAAUGAAAAACUGUGUUGAUGGGAACAAAACCACCUGCGAUGUUGCUGUGUUAAAGACACUAUCAAAAUCUGUAUUUGUGUUAUUGUUUAAAGCCUGUUAUGUUAUUUGACAUUAUGUGUAAAGAUUGGGGGAUUUAACAUGUUUAAGAUUUUAUUUCUUUGGAAGUUUACUAUCAGAAAAUAAAUGGGCAAUGAGAA